UGUUUUCUUCUACUCCUAACCCAAUUCCCAAAUCUCAUUAAAGUAUCUUCCAAAUUUCUAUUUUCUUUUCUCUCCGUUUCAUUCAAAAUUCAAUUCAUUUGUUCGGAAAUGCCAUAACAAUGAUUCUUUAAGUCCACAAUAUUUCAUUACAAAUUUAGAUUUACUAUUAUUAUUAUUGUUUUGUGGGAUCCCAAGAAGUUCCCAACAGCUUUGUCUUUUGUCUUGUCGGUGUUGUAAAAUGGCGGCGCCGAGGAACGUGUUGAGGGACGAAGAGACUGCUGCUGCGGCUCUGUUGAACAACGGUUGUAAGGAAGACGUCGAUUCCCCGACAGGGAAGAGGUUAAAAUCGGAAAAGUUUCCUGUUUCAAGGUGGGAAUUCGCUGUCUUUUUUGGGGUUUUCUUGAUCUUUUCGACCGGUUUGUUCUGCAUCUACCUUACCAUGCCCGCCACCGAGUACGGGAAACUCAAGAUCCCACGCUCCAUCUCUGAUCUUCGCUUGCUCAAAGAAAAUAUUGCAACGUAUGCAAAAGAUUACCCAACACAAUUCAUUUUGGGUUACUGCUCAACUUAUAUCUUCAUGCAAACCUUUAUGAUCCCUGGUACAAUUUUCAUGUCUUUGCUAGCUGGAGCUCUCUUUGGUGUUAAAGGCCUUUUCUUGGUUGUCUUUAAUGCCACAGCUGGAGCUUGCUCCUGCUUUUUUCUGUCUAAGCUGAUUGGCAGGCCCUUGGUUGGUUGGUUGUGGCCUGAUAAAUUAAGAUUUUUUCAAGCAGAGAUUACGAAACGAAGGGACAAGUUACUGAAUUACAUGCUCUUUCUGAGAAUCACUCCAACUUUGCCCAACCUAUUUAUCAAUUUGGCAUCGCCAAUAGUUGACAUACCCUUUCAUGUGUUCUUUUUAGCAACUUUUAUUGGCUUAAUCCCAGCCUCCUAUAUAACUGUCAAAGCUGGCCUUGCACUUGGGGACCUUAGAUCUGUCAAGGAUCUCUAUGAUUUCAAGACUUUGUCCGUGCUUUUCCUUAUUGGAUCAGUCUCCAUACUUCCUACCCUUCUAAAGAGAAAGAGAAUAUAUGAAUAAGGUUUGUAGUGAGUAUGUGGCAUCCUCCUUGCAAUGGGGAUUAAGAAUAGAAAUAUUGACACUGUUUAGGAUCCAAGAAAGACUAGAGCGUCGCGGAAUAUUGAAGAUCUAGCAUUCAUCUUGUGAUACACGGGUUUUGUGUCGACACAAAUAUGAAAAACAGAGGGAAUUCCUUUUCCUUUGUUUUUUCUAUUUGAUGUAUGCUAACACAAAUCAUCUCCCAAUUGGAUUAUUUACAAACAUUUGGGAGAAAUGUGUUAUACCCAAUUUACUCUUGUUGACAACUUCAUAAUCUAGCUUUAGAAUAUGUUUAAAAAAAAAAACUGUACCGAUAAUAUAUUCUGUAAUAAUAGUUUCAGUACCCUAUUAUUUCUUUGGUAUUGGUGGUUUUGCUGCUGAU